UCCGAAUCUCAAUGCAUCCGCUGUAACUCUCGCUUAUGCUUCUCCCCUUCUCAUCGUCUUCUCCCCCCUUCCUACGUCUCCGGAGAUUGCCUGCCCUCUAGCAGCCGGCGACCGCACCGGUAAACGAGGGGAGAGAGCGAAUCAGGAGAUACCAACUUCUCAUGGGAGCGAGAGGAGAUGUCGAGGUCCGGGAACGACGGCCCACUCCUGAUCUCGGAUCCUCGGAGGGCGACGGCGACGGCGACGGCGACGAGGACCUGCAGAAGCAGCAGCGCUCGGAGAUCUACACCUACGAUGCGCCUUGGCACAUCUAUGCCAUGAACUGGAGCGUCCGCCGAGACAAGCGCUACCGCCUCGCCAUCGGUAGCCUCCUCGAGGGCUACGGCAACCGGAUGGAGAUCGUGCAGCUGGACGAGGCUUCCGGAGAGAUCCGCUCUGACCCGGCCCUCUGCAUCGAGCAUCCAUUCCCUCCCACCAAAACCAUGUUUGUUCCCGACCGCGAGUGCCUCCGUCCGGACCUCCUCGCUACCUCUGCGAACUUCCUCCGCAUCUGGCGCGUCGCCGAUGACUCCUCCCGAAUUGAGCUCCGCUCGCUUCUUAACGGCAACCGUAACUCUGAGUUUUGCGGUCCACUGACUUCCUUCGACUGGAACGAGGCUGAACCCCGCCGCAUAGGAACCUCCUCCAUCGACACCACGUGUACUGUCUGGGACAUUGACCGCGAGGCAGUCGACACCCAGCUCAUCGCCCACGACAAGGAGGUCUACGACAUCGCCUGGGGCGGCGUCGGCGUCUUUGCCUCCGUCUCCGCCGACGGGUCCGUCCGCGUCUUCGACCUCCGCGACAAGGAGCACUCCACCAUCAUAUAUGAGUCCGCCGAUCCUCCUGGCACGCCGCUUGUCCGCCUCGGGUGGAACAAACAGGAUCCCCGCUACAUGGCCACCAUCAUAAUGGAUAGCGCCAAGGUCGUCGUCCUCGACAUCCGCUUCCCUACCUUCCCCGUCGUCGAGCUCCACCGCCACCAGGCCAGCGUCAAUGCAAUCGCCUGGGCGCCCCAUUCCUCCUGCCAUAUCUGCACCGCUGGCGAUGACUCCCAGGCUCUGAUAUGGGACCUCUCGUCCAUGGGCGGUGACCAUGGCAACGUCCAGAAGUCUAUGGCAGCCGCUUCUGCUGAGGGUGGCCUCGAUCCCAUACUUGCCUACACUGCCGGAGCAGAGAUCGAGCAGCUGCAGUGGUCUUCCUCCCAGCCCGACUGGGUUGCCAUUGCCUACUCCAAUAAGCUUCAGAUUCUGAGAGUUUAAUGGAAAGCAAAUGGAUAUUAGAGCAGUAAAGAUAUUGCCUUUGACUCAGCACUUUUCAUUGUACUACAUCAAGAUGAUACAUUGGAUUUAUUAGGAUUAAAUUAGGAGGAAAUGUAGCACAAUUACUCACUAUUUGAUUCUAUUUACUGAACUGGUACCUGGUAGCAUCCCACUCAAUUGAUUUCAUAAUUAGUGCAUAGCUUCAUUUCAUGUCC